GCUUCUGCUUCUCAAAUGUGAGGAUUUGCUGCUUUUCUUUGUUUUACAUCAUUGUAAAUUAAAUAUUGUUCAGUUUUCAACUGACAAAAUAAGCAAUUUGAGGACAGAUUUAAUGGUGGAUUGUAUGAAGUUUUUCCAAAUAACAUCAGCGAUGUAUAUGUAAGGUGAAGUAUAAAAUGUAAUCAGAGCAUUAUAUUAACUGUCCUCCAUAUCCAAAUAUGUUAAGGCUACAUAUUCAAGACUGCACAUGUGGUGCGUAGUUAUUUUAGGGUCUUUGAUAGGUCCUCUAUCCCGGAAACCACGUGUUUGUUGCAUUUCAAAUUAAAAGCCUCGUAUAACCCUACAUUUACAAUACUGAUAGCUGUAACUAAACACCCAGUUUCAGUUAAUAGAGAUGUAAUACAUUUUGAUAAAAUUUAUAAUUCAUAGCUCUCUUUCUCUGAAAUUACAGGCUGGAAUUAAAAAGCCGAAACAGAGCCCCAUCUAACAGUUGUUAACACUUGUUAGCUAACCUAGCUAACCUACAGAAAGCGUUACAUAGCGUUAAAUGGCUAAUUAAUUAUUCUUAUUUUCUACUCAUUUCGCGACGACCUCGCAUAUAACGUUAACGUUAUUUAUCUAGCUAAUUGAGAUAAGCUACCAUUUACUUAGCUAAUGCUAAUGCUAAUGUUAUUUGACCUGGAAGGAAGGCGACCAACCGCAAGCCUCGAGCCGGUCCUCGUGCUCGUAACGUACUCGACUAGUUAACGUAGUUGACGGUAAAUCUAGUGAACUGAUCUUAUUUACCCACCAUGAUUUGUGCAGGGGAUGAAGACGAUCCGUUCCCCGUUGACGACUGUCUGUUUGCCGAAACAUUUUCUCAAGAUACUGUUUACAAUUUAGUCGGUCAAGAGCUGAAGAUAAGACAGGUGUUCGGUGCCAACCUCGGCGUGGCUGCCCCGGUCUGGGACGCUGCGUUACACCUGUGUUGUUACUUCGAGGAGCAGUCGGUGGAGUUGAGAGGAAAGCGCAUCAUAGAGCUGGGAGCAGGGACUGGUGUGGUCGGUAUUUUGGCAGCACGGCUCGGUGCAGUUGUGACCCUCACAGACCUUCCUUUGGCUCUCCCACAGCUUCAGGCCAACGUCUCUGCUAACAUGCCAUCCAGCGGUUGGCCUACCACCCUUCCCACCGUCCUGCCUCUGUCCUGGGGUGAGGACCACAUGAACUUCCCUUCUGACUGGGAUCUGGUGCUUUGUGCAGAUAUAAUUUACCUCCCAGAGACUUACCCACCGCUAGUGGAGACACUAGUUCAUUUGUGCAAGAACGGAGCCGUGGUAUAUCUCUCGUCCAAAAUGCGAAAAGAGCACGAGACUCCAGGUUUCUAUGAGGAAUGUCUACCAAGUAGAUUUAAUGUGGAACUUGUGCACCGUGAUGACAAACAAAACAUUAAUAUAUACAGGGCAUCUCUAAGGAAAGACCAGUGACAGACCCUGCUACAGGCCUGGGACUUGGAUUAGUUACUGUACUGAGAUCAGUUAUGACUCUGGUCUCUUGGGUGCCUUUUCAAACAACAGCACAGUGUUGUUCUUGGAUAAUCUAAUGUUGAUGUCAACCUUCUAUCAAGAGACUGUAGGCUAAUGUGUCACUUAAAAGUUUCAAAAGAGUUUCAGACUAAGUGGCAAUUUGGUUGUUUUAUAAUGCAUCUACAAAUUGUUACAAGUAUUUGUAUAACCUUGUAAACACAAAAGAGAGUUUGCUCUCCUCCCCUGUAUUGACAAAUGUUUCAGUCAAUCAAGCAAUUGUACAGGGAGUCUAAAGACAUUAAACGUUGGUGCUAGGUUUAAUGUCAGAAGUCAGGUCAGAGUUGAGUUUACACGGUCUUACGAGAUGCACCAAAUAGUGGAACGUUGUUGAAUAACUACUUCUUGUUUACUUAGUUGACCAUUGGUUUCAAAUGAAAUGGUACUUUUAUUUAUAUGUUUAUAUGGCUAUUAUAUUGACCAUUUUCAGUCACUUGAGAUAUCUGUGAUAUCCUAUUUAUUUCCCUUGUUACAACUGAGAUUAUGUUUUUACAUGUUUUGAUGUUAUUACAAGUGGAAAAAAAUAAAAUGUGUCAUUUGUCUUCAA